UAGACUAAUCGUAAUUGAGCUGCACACUCCCCCUCUCCUCCUCCUCCUCCUCCUCCUCCUAUUUCAUUUUCUAGAGCUUCUCCCUCAACCCACGAUCUCUAAUAAUGCAGUAGAGAGAGAAACAAGAGAGAGAACGAGAGAAAAAUAUCAUUUUGGGCAAUCGAUCAUCAUCAUCAUCUUCUUCUUCUUCUGCGGGCUGGGUUGGAUUUUGAUAUUUUUGUUUCCAUUUUGAGGAUCGAUUGGAAUUGGGUUUUGUUUUCUGGACUUUUCUUUUGAUGGGUUCAGAGAAGGAAGGAGAAUCGAAGACCAAGAAAGAUCCAGGGGAAACAGGGGAAGUAACUGGGAACUUGUACAGAGUCGGCCUUGUUUCACAUCUGGAACGUCCUCUGCUUCUUCCUACAACUCUAUUCCUUUCUGCUACUUUGAACCACUCUUUCAGUUCCUAACAAUCCCUCGCUACGCUUCUAACAAAUCACGCCUCCAAGCUUUUAGGGUUCACUUGAAUACAAGGAUCUCAUCAUAUUUUGGGAGCUGUUUUUUUUAAUCUCUUCCGUCAUGAAGAGACAUGGCAGCUCAGAUUCGUUGGGCGCUCUGAUGUCUGUGUGUCCUACUUCAGGAAUCUUUACGAAACACGCUCUUGCUUGCAGAUGAACAGAGUCCGAGGAACAGCCAUGUUUAUGGCAGGGAAUUUCAGUCGAUGUUGGACGGGUUGGACGAAGAAGGCUCCAUGGAAGAACAGUGUCAUGUGGGAGAGAAGAAAAGGAGACUCAGUGUUGAUCAAGUUAAGGCCUUGGAGAAAACAUUCGAGAUUGAAAACAAGCUGGAACCAGAUAGGAAAGUGAAGCUUGCUCUAGAACUUGGCCUGCAGCCAAGGCAAGUUGCUGUAUGGUUCCAAAACCGUAGAGCCCGAUGGAAAACUAAGCAACUGGAGAGAGAUUAUGGGCUUCUGAAAGCCAAUUACGAAACUCUCAAGCGUAGUUUCGAUACCCUUCAGAAGGACAAUGAUGGUCUGCUCAAAGAGAUUAAAGAAUUGAAAUUGAAGCUCGAGGAAGAGAAGACAGAGAGGCAUUUAUCAGUGAAGGAAGAGAUUUUCGUGCCAGAAUCGGGCAAUUUACUUAUUGAGCAGACGAACAAUCAUCUUUCGGUGGAUCAUGUUCCUCUUCCUGUUUCUUCGGAUCAUUCCGACGACUUCAACUACGAGAGCUUCAGAAUAGCAAGCGCCGAGGAUGGGGACGAACAAAGAGUUAAAGUAUCGUUGUUCCCUGAUUUUAAAGAUGGGUCAUCGGACAGCGACUCAAGCGCCAUAUUAAACGAAGACAACAGCCCAAACGCCGUCGUAUCGUCCACGGCCGCCGGGAUGCUCCAAAGCAAACAGCAAAUUCUGUCGUCUCCGACGUCGUCUUUGAACUGGUUCCCGUAUCAAAAGGCAGCAGCUUAUAAUAAUGCACAACAAUACGUGAAAAUCGAAGAGUACAAUUUCUUCAGCGGAGAAGAGAGCUGUGAUUUGUUCUCCGAUGAACAAGCGCCGUCUAUGCAUUGGUACUGCCCCGAUGAGUGGAACUAAAAGCAAUUCCAAUCAUGAGAGUGAAAUCUAGCGUGGGAAUUGGCACGGUGGGAUUGGUCGGAGAGGGAACAGGUGGCGGCUCAGAGUGUUGAUUGGAGUGAAGCUGUAAAGAUUGAUGGUGGGUGGGAUGAUUAGAAAGAACAAAUGUUGUAAUGAACAAAUAAUGAUUCCCUUGGGCU